CGCCUCCGUCCUCCACUCGGCCACUCCUCACUCCUCUCACACACACUGCUCGAGUUUGAAAUGGCAACGCAGAUGGGCUGCUCGCCGGCGGCGGUCAGGGCCGCGCUCCUCCUUCUCGUGGUCGCAGCGGGUGCCUCGGUGGCCGGGGCGACGUACGUCCGGUACAAGGAUCCGAAGCAGCCGAUCCAGGCGCGCGUGGCGGAUCUCCUCGGCCGGAUGACGCUCGAGGAGAAGAUCGGGCAGAUGACGCAGAUCGAGCGCGCCAACGCCUCCACCGCCGUCAUCGAGAAGUACUUCGUCGGGAGCGUGCUGAGCGGCGGCGGCAGCGUGCCCUCGGAGAAGGCGUCGGCGGCGACGUGGCAGGAGAUGAUCACCAAGAUGCAGAAGGCGGCGCUCAGCACCCGCCUCGGCAUCCCCAUCAUCUACGGCAUCGACGCCGUGCACGGCAACAACAACGCCUACAACGCCACCAUCUUCCCCCACAACGUCGGCCUCGGCGCCACCCGGGACCCCGACCUGGUCAAGCUCAUCGGCCGCGCCACGGCGCUCGAGGCCCGCGCCACCGGCAUCCCCUACACCUUCGCGCCAUGCGUCGCGGUGUGCCGUGACCCGAGGUGGGGCAGGUGCUACGAGAGCUUCAGUGAGGACACGAAGCUGGUGCAGCUGAUGACGGCGGCCGUGAUCCCCGGCCUGCAGGGUGCCGCCCGCCACCCAACCGGCAUCCCCGUCGUGGCCGGGCCCAAGAACGUGGCCGGCUGCGCCAAGCACUUCGUCGGCGACGGCGGGACGCGCCACGGGAUCAACGAGAACAACACGGUGCUCAGCUUCCACGACCUCAUGCGGAUCCACAUGCCGCCCUACUACGACGCCGUCAUCAAGGGCAUCGCCUCCGUCAUGAUCUCCUACUCCAGCUGGAACGGCGUCAAGAUGCACGAGAACAAGUACCUCAUCACCCAAAUCCUCAAGGACAAGAUGCGCUUCAGGGGGUUCGUGAUCACGGACUGGCAGGCGGUGGACAAGAUCACCACGCCGCCGCACAAGCACUAUUACCACUCCAUCCAGGAGACCAUCCACGCCGGCAUCGACAUGGUCAUGGUCCCCUACGACUACCCGGAGUUCGUCGCCGACGUCACCGCGCAGGCCAAGCGCGGCGCCAUCAACAUGGACCGCAUCAACGACGCCGUCACCCGCAUCCUCAGGGUCAAGUUCGCCAUGGGCCUCUUCGAGAACCCCUUGCCCGACCACACCCUCGUCGCCCAGCUCGGCAGCAAGCCGCACCGGGAGCUCGCCAGGGAGGCCGUCCGCAAGUCGCUCGUGCUGCUCAAGAACGGCAAAGGCAAGAAAGACGGCAAGCCCGUCCUGCCGCUCUCCAAGGACGCCAAGAAGAUCCUCGUCGUCGGCACCCACGCCCACGACCUCGGCCUCCAGUGCGGCGGCUGGACCAAGUCCUGGCAGGGUCAGUCCGGCAACGACUUCACCGGCCAAGGCACGACCAUCCUUGAGGCCAUCAAGUCGGCCGUGGACAAGAAGACGGUCAUCGACUACUCGGAGCACCCGGACAAGGGCUCCAUCUCCAAGAACCUGGACGACUACGACUACGGCGUGGUGGUGGUGGGCGAGCAGCCCUACGCCGAGACGGCCGGCGACAACCAGAACCUCACCAUCCCGGGCCCGGGGCCGGAGGUGAUCAGGAAGGUGUGCGAGCUCGUCAAGUGCGUCGUGGUCCUCGUGUCGGGCCGGCCGCUCGUCGUUGAGCCGUACCUGGACACCAUGGACGCGCUCGUCGCCGCGUGGCUGCCGGGCACCGAGGGCCACGGCGUCGCCGACGUGCUCUUCGGGGACUACGGCUUCUCCGGGAAGCUGCCCCGGACGUGGGUCAGGUCUGUGGACCAGCUGCCCAUGAACUACGGCGACAAGCUCUACGACCCGCUCUUCCCCUUCGGCUUCGGCCUCACCACCAAGCCGGCGGCGGAUCGCAGCUAGCUAGGAGUUUGAGUUUUUUUUUCCUUCCCUAGUGUGAUUAAUUAGUGAGUCCGUGAGUAGUGAGAAUCGGAAAUAAAUGAUUUUGAUCGCGUCGCCCUGUAAGUUCGAACUUGAAAUCUAUAUAUAGUGCUGUCGAAAUUCAGUCUAUCUUGAAAUCCCGA